UCUGUUUUCCAGGGCCGAUGACGCGCCGCCACCCGGCGUCCUCAUUGGUUGCUACCUGUCCCGCCCUCCCCAGGAAAUUAGCGCUGCUGCGGACCCUCCCUGGCCUCUGCUUGGCUCUUGGGGCGGGGUGGGGCCCGGUGAGUGGCAUGCAGGGCACCCCAAAAUUGCCUAAGGGGGUCUUGCUGGCCCUGGCCUUGCUCCUUACUAUACUGCUGUACCUGGGACUACCCAGUCUCCACUAUCCCCUCGUCUGGACCUUGGACAAAGGCAAUGUCACCAUCACAGCUGGCCUUACCCACAACUCCUCACUCUUCUACAGAGAGGUGCUGCCUAUGCACAAGCCACACAGGGUUGAGGUGGUGUUACUACAUGGAAAAGCCUUCAGCUCCCACAUCUGGCAGAAACUGGGGACACUGGAGAUGUUGUCCCGGAGGGGCUACCGAGCCAUUGCUCUGGAUCUCCCUGGUUUUGGGAAUUCCUCCCCCUCACCAGCAGCCAAAACAGAGGCCAGACGGGCGCAUCUCCUAGAUCAAGUCCUGCAAGACCUCGAGGUGAAAAACCCGGUGUUGAUCAGCCCCUCCCUGAGUGGCCAGUACUCUCUGCCCUUUCUGAUGCGCAUGCACCAGCAGCUUCGGGGCUUCGUCUCCAUUGCGCCCACCUUCACUGAAAACUAUACAUUCAAGCAGUUCUCAGCCAUCCAAACCCCCACACUAAUUAUAUAUGGAGCUCUGGACCAAGGCCUGGCCCGGGAGUCUCUGAGGAAGCUUCAGUACCUCCCCAACCACUCCAUAGCGAAGCUGCAAAAUGCUGGCCAUGCUUGUUACCUCCAGCAGCCCCAUGACUUCCAUUAUAUCCUACUGGUCUUCCUCGACAAGCUGUCCUGAAACCUGCAUCUGUGCCGUGACCAUCCUGUCCCUGGAGGGCAGGCCGGGCCCCAGGAAUCUCCAGGGACCCCGAUGGGGUGCCGAGGCUCCUUGCCUGUCCCCCGUAUCCCAGAGGUAGCCAAGGCAGAAGCCUGGUGGUACUGGGAACGCCUGGUUGCCCCCUUGGAGCCCUGCCAACUCUCACUCCCUUGGACUUUAAUAAAUGAACUUUGUCUGCUUA